CAACAGCAACGUACAACAACAACAACAACAACGUACAACAACAACCAGCGCGGCUACCAUAGCGCGCAACAACAAAAACAUCCAGCGCAGCUAUCAUAGCGCGCAACACCUUCAACAGCGUGUAACAGCAACGCGCAACAACAACACCAACAAGCGCGGCUACCAUAGCGCGCAACAACAACAACAACAAGUUGGCCCCAACGGCAGCGACCGGCUCACAACAAUAACAACCAGCGCAGCUACCAUAGCGCGCAACAACAACAACAACAACGCGCAAUACCUUCAACAGCGCGUAACAGCAACGCACAACAACAACCAGCGCGGCUACCAUAGCGCGCAACACCUUCAACAGCGCGUAACAGCAACGCGCAACUACAACAACGCGCGAAGCAACAACGCCAACAACGGCGGCCACAGCAACAACGCAACCGCCAGAGCAAAAGCGGCAACACGAGCAACCGCCAGAACAGAGGCGUCCACUACAACAACAACAACCACUCCAGCGCAGCAGAACAGAAGCAGUUGCAACAACGGCAUCGCCUCUUCCAAGGCAUGCUGCUACAAGGUGGG